AUGUCCGAUUUCAGGUGGCCCAGACCCCUCGGAUCGGACCCAUCCAGGAGAGAUCACAGCAAAAAAUGCCCUUACCACAAGGAGCAUGGCCAUACUACGGAGACGUGGAGAAGCCUCCAGUAUUUGGUGGAAAGGCUUAUAAAGGCGGGACAUUUAAGGCAAUACCUCCGCUCAGAUGCCAGAGAUAGAGACGCCUCCCGGAGCCGCGACUCUGGAGCCCCCACGGUUCUAGCCACCCCCAAAGCCGUUGUAAACUACAUCAAUGGAGGUCCGUCGGAUGAAGAGAUAAAUUCCAAACGAAAGAGGCAAAAAUUAUUACGAGAGGCAAUGGUGUGUGAGCGCGUCAACUCCAUCCGACCUGGGAUAAUCGGAGGAAGCCCUCACCCCAUAGACGAAACAAUCACUUUUCCACCAGUAGACCCCACACGGAUAUUACAUCCGCACCGCGACGCCCUCAUUCUAUCCUUAGGGAUAGACAAAUUCGAUGUAAGACGCAUCUUAGUUGACCCAGGCAGCUCAGCUGAUCUGGUACAAGCAUCAGUCGUAAGUCACAUGGGACAUAAUUUAGUCGGUCUCGAAAACCCUGGGAGAAUCCUGUCCGGAUUCAACGGGGCAUCAACUAUUUCCUUAGGAGAUAUUGUACUACCAGUUCAAGCUGGCCCAGUCACUCUCAACGUCCUAUUUUCGAUGGUACAAGAUUUGUCACCCUUCAAUAUUAUCUUGGGGCGCACAUGGUUGCAUUGCAUGAAAGCCAUCCCCUCCACGUAUCAUCAGAUGGUAAGCUUUCUUACUGAGGAUGGGCAAAUCAACCUGUACGGCAGUCAGCUAGCUGCUCGCCAAUGCUACCAGAUAGCAAGAGAACCAGGGACCAGUCAAGAGAAUGAACCUCUCCCUGAGUCCACACACGCACUCGACCAAUAG